ACUAAAUUUUCAGUUAAAGGCAGUUCAUCCUUGAAUUCAGUGAUGUCAUCAUCCAGCUCAGUUCAGUUUAAAUAGUAUACAGUACGUGCAAUCAAGUCAAUGAUAUUGCUGGAAAUUAAUUGUCCCCAAUUUAGCAAGCCAGAGGUGACAGUGGCAAGGAAAUAAAACUCCAUCAGUGACAGAAUGGAGAAAGAAACCAGGCUCAGUCGAGGGGCCACCUCUCCUCUGACCAGACGAAACCAGCAGUUCAGUUCCAAGCUGCAACAAAGUCCGAUUGUGCAGAGGACUCAUCUGGUUCCUGGGGUCUUUUCCCGAUGGCCGUCUAGGAGACAAGGUCUUCACUGGGGAUCUGUCUCUGGGGCUCAUCUAGUUGUCCUGAUCACUUCUGACAUUCAGGGCAACAGUAACUAAACCACAUAUAGGUGUAUGAACACAACGCUUACUAGAGUUAGUAUUCCUGCACCUAGGUAAACUAUAAUUACGGCAGAUGGAAGAGGACUGAAAUACUGAAGGAGUGGGUUUUCUGGAUCAUUUAAAUGUUCCAUAUAAUGUUACCAGAUUAUAUGUGCUUUCCAAAUCAUAGCUAAAGUGAUUUCUUUGGAGGUUUGAUAUGUGCCUAAUGAUGAGGGUCAUUUAAAAUGGAAAGUAUAUUCCAAGUUGAAACGUUACCAAAUCCACAGAAUGACUCUAUUGCAAUUGACCAAUCAUAAGCUAACAUCCAGGAUCAACACUGCUCUAUUACCGCACAGUACGGUUAAAUUAAUUUACAGUUAGCCAGUUUAAUAUGGAGAGGCACUGACAUGUAGACCUUCAUUUAUAUGUUUUUGACCUACACUGGACUGGACAUAACGUAGCUCUUUAGGUCUGUAUGUUAGCAUGGACUCAUUAACUUUAACAUUAACUAGUUUUAGCCAGAGAUACUUUGCUGAAUCAAAAGAUGACAUUAACAUACUGCUUGAGCAGAUGACAAAUUAAUGCGAGUAUGAAAUCUAAAAAAUGAAACGUUUUUGUCUUCAUUGGGAUUGGGGUUGAAUGCUUAUGGUAAUUUUGCCCUGUUUUGGUUGGGUUUAGGAAAACAUUAUAAAACUGAUGCAAGGUUCAGAUCUUCCCAUGGUUAUCUUUGGUGCAGAAACCUUAAGAUGUCAAGAGUUUUGCACCCCGUUUAACUGAUACUUAACUGACGUGGCUCAUUUGCAUUCAAGGGGAAGUGUUUACCGAUAGGUCAAUUCAUCAUUCUACUCAUUAUUUUACAGCGGUUAAUGAUCUGGAGGUCUUGCACAUUACCAGAAAACAGCUUGUUACCCCCAUUGAAAAAUAAGGUGGAUACAAGACCAAGGUAGACAAGAUGGUAUCUGUUCCAGAGCAACUUCUAGAAGCAGCGGAUGAGUUGGAUAAAAACAAGACUUCAGUCAGUGUUGAUUUGAAUGCUAAAGCAGGUGCAACUGUAAUCGCUCCUGUACUCACUAAAAAUGUCAUUCAAGGCCCAGUAAAUAUCAGCUUCUACUCUGGUGCUGUCGUUCCCAAAAAUCCGCAUGAAGGACAGCUGUCACAGAAUCAAGAGGAUAACAUCUUGCAAAAAAUCCUGGAAAGUCACAAACAACACCUCAAGGCCAAAACGGAACGUGUGUUUGAGGGCAAAAAGGAGAACAAAACACACCUCAGCAAAGUGUAUACUGAACUCUUCAUCACUGAAGGGGGCAUUACAGAAGUCUAUGAUGAACAUGAGGUUCUGAAGUUUGACCAAGCCUUGAAAACUCCCAAAUUUGAGGACACACCGAUCGACUGCAAUGACAUAUUCAGUUUACUGAAGCAAAAAGAUGAGGGAAACAUUGUGGUGACCAAAGGCAUCGCUGGCAUUGGAAAGAUGUUCUCUGUGCACAAGUUCAUUCUGGAUUGGGCUGAAGGAAAAGCCAAUCAGGAUGUGGACUGUGUGUUUCUGCUGCCAUUCAGAGAGAUGAACUUGAUUAAAGAUGAUAAAAAGAUCAGUCUCCAUGAGCUUCUCUACCGUUCUUCAGGAUAUUCUGGUCAAAAAUGA